AAAGGAAGGAACCGCUUUUGCAUCAUGUCGACUAGUGGAUUUAAAUGUCAUCAUAUUUUUUGGGCAGUAGGACCCAGAGGACUUGACCGCCCGACAACCCGAUGACAACCUGCAGCGGCUCACCUUUCUUUUUUUCGUGUCUCCAGUCUCCACUUGAGGAAUAAGUCAAGAGUGAAAAAAAGUCGAGCUGGCAGGAAAUCGUCGAGGCAACAGGGGCAGACUUUGCUAUAAAAGUCCUGAAACAAUCCACGCGUGUCCGCACUCAUUAGACGGGACUUGAGCGGUCAUUUGGUCACCUCGUCGACCCCCGCCCACCUAAUUGGGCACCUUCGGGACAACAUGAGCGCCUCCGUGGCCGUGUACAGGAGCAUCUUCACCGAGGACCGCUUCAAACAGGCCUACGGCUCCGAGGAGGACAAGACGAGUGCAAGAGUGCGGCUUUGGGCCAAGCUGGCCGCGAGCUGCAGGUGUUCGCGGCGGGCCUGCCUCCAGCUGCUCCGUCACAGAGUUCCCAUUUUCAACUGGCUGCCCAGAUACCGCUUCAAGAAAUGCUUCUUUGGAGACACUAUCGCCGGACUCACAGUUGGCGUUCUUCACAUCCCGCAAGGUAUGGCUUUCGCACUACUCACAUCUGUAGCACCGAUAUUUGGUCUGUACACGUCCUUCUUCCCUGUGGUCCUCUAUAUGAUUUUUGGCACCGGUCGCCAUGUAUCCACAGGUACGUUUGCCGUGGUGAGUCUCAUGACUGGUUCUGUGGUGGAGCAACUGGUCCCCACACCUCCGGAGUUGAACUCCAGUUCGCCUGAAGGGGCGGACUUUGAGCUCCAGAGGAUCAGUGUAGCCUCAGCUGUAGCACUUCUCUCGGGAAUUAUCAUGCUCUGUAUGUUUGGUCUUCAGUUGGGCUUCCUCUCCACCUACCUGUCAGAGCCAAUUGUGAAAGCAUUCACCAGUGCCGCUGCCUUUCAUGUCACCAGCUCACAGCUGCAAAGCAUGCUGGGGCUUCGCCUCACCCGCCACACGGGGAUUUUCUCCCUCUUCAAGACUUUAGCGUCCGUAAUGGAGAACCUGCCUCAGACUAACAUCGCGGAGCUGUUGAUCUCCUUGGUGUGUUUGGCGGUGCUGGUUCCAGUAAAAGAGAUCAACACGCGCUACCGGCAGCGCCUGCGUACACCCAUCCCGGUGGAGAUCCUCACGGUGAUUAUUGCCACCGGUGUGGCCUAUGCUUUCUCUCUCAACUCCAUUUAUGACAUUGAGAUUGUUGGCCACAUUCCUGCUGGAUUCCCGAGGCCUCAAUUGCCUGCCCUCCACACAUUUCCUGACAUUGCCGGAGACACCGUUGCCAUCACGUUUGUUGGCUACGCUGUGUCCGUCUCCCUGGCAAUGAUCUAUGCUGACAAGCAUGGGUAUUCCAUCCAUCCGAACCAGGAGCUGCUGGCUCACGGUAUCUCCAACACAGUGUCUUCUUUUUUCACAUGUUUCCCAAGUUCGGCCACUCUAGCCACCACAAACAUCCUGGAAAGUGCUGGGGGAUACACACAGCUCUCUGGCUUGUUCACCAGUCUUGUGGUACUAAUUGUUCUGCUGCUUAUCGGACCCCUUUUCCACUUCCUACCUAAGGCAGUGCUGGCAUGCAUCAACGUGACCAGCCUGAGGCAAAUGUUCCUGCAGUUCCAGGACUUGCCGGAACUGUGGAGAAUCAGCAAAAUUGACUUUAUGGUUUGGGUGGUGACGUGGCUGUCCGUUGUGGUUCUCAACGUGGAUCUCGGCUUAGCCUUUGGGGUGGUGUUCUCAAUGAUGACUGUCAUCUGCCGCACGCAAAGGGCUGGUUGCUCCGUGCUCGGCCGGGCCAGCGACACAGAAAUAUACAGACCUCUGGAGAAUCAUAGUAAGUGCUAUGAGGUGCCAGGGAUGAAGAUCCUGACCUACAACGGGCCAAUUUACUAUGGAAACCGCAGCUUCUUUAGGGAGGAGAUGGGUCGGUUAUUGGGAUUGACGCCCGAGAAGAUCCGCAGCCGAGAGAAGGCCAGAAAAGCUCUGGAGAAGCGUGAAAGAGAGACCAACGUGAACACGGUGGAAAGAGGCAUUGCGAAUGCGUCUUUUUCUUCAGAAAACGAGUUCUUCAAACCUGAACCCUCCGAGCACGAGGUCCAGGCAGUAUUGAUCGACUGUAGUCGCGUGAUCUUUGUUGAUGUUGCCGGAGCGAGGCUCUUUACUCAGAUGUGCAUUGAAUGCCAGAAAGUUGGAGUUCAUGUGUUUUUGUCCAGCUGUAACGAGAGUGUUUUAAGGAUCCUCACAUCAAGCGGCCUCAUGAACUACAUGAACCCCCAGCAUAUUUUUGUCACCGUACACGAUGCCGUGAUGUACAUUCAGGAGCAGAAGGAAAAACAUCCAGAAAACACCACGACUGUUUGGGUUUGAAACUGAUGCACAGCGAUGAAGGCUCCUGUUCCAGAGAGAACAAUCGGACUUGCCAGCCCAUCACUGGGUGCAUGUUACAUGUACCGGUAGUUGUGUUUCUAAGAAGCAGUAGCCUGUUGAUGCUUUGGGCAGUUUUACCUAUUUUAUAACAGCAAAGCAUCGUCAUGCCAUUUAGGCUGAAAAGUGCACUGAACUGGUUGAAUGCUUUGUAUAUUUAUAUAUUUUGUACUGUAUGUGCUUAAAUAUGAGCACAUGUAGAGGACACGCCAUGUAAUAUUGUUAGGUAUUUGCCUCCAACUGUUUUCCAGUGUCUGUUUUUAAAACAAAUAUAUUGCUAUUCGAGGAUAUGAGACUAUAUUUUAUUAAAGGAAGUGAUGGCUUUCUUCAGCAA